AUGUCCGCUGUCAACGGCGAGAGCUCUACCACAAAGCCCCCUGGCGAACAGGGCGGCUUCGGCGGCGGCUUCCAGCCCCAGGGCAAGAUGACCGUUCAGCCACCAAAGAAGGAGGACCUCCAGCGCAGCUAUGCCUCGAUCGUUGGUGACGAUGGUAACCCCAGCGGGUGGUACGGUAGCAUGGUCAACACGCUUGGUGGUUUGAUGGGAACCCUCGGCGCCAUACCCUGCUGCAUCUGUUGCCCGAACCCGUAUAAGAAUGUCCAUCAGGGCAAUGUCGGCCUCGUCACCAAGUUCGGUCGCUUCUACAAGGCUGUUGACCCGGGUUUGGUUCGCAUCAACCCGCUCAGCGAAAGGCUUAUUCAGAUCGACGUCAAAAUCCAGACCGCCGAGGUUCCCGAGCAGAUCUGCAUGACCAAGGACAACGUCACCCUCCGACUCACUUCCGUCAUCUACUACCACAUCGUCUCCCCGCACAAGGCCGCCUUUGGCAUUUCCAACGUCCGCCAGGCACUUAUGGAGCGCACCCAGACCACGCUCCGCCACGUCGUUGGUGCACGCGUCCUCCAGGAUGUUAUUGAGCGCCGUGAAGAGAUUGCCCAAUCCAUCGGCGAGAUCAUCGAAGAUGUUGCUGCAGGCUGGGGUGUCGCCGUCGAGAGCAUGCUCAUCAAGGACAUCAUUUUCAGCCAGGAGUUGCAGGAGUCGCUGUCCAUGGCUGCCCAGAGCAAGCGUAUUGGUGAAAGCAAGAUCAUUGCCGCCAAGGCUGAAGUCGAAUCCGCCAAGUUGAUGCGCCAGGCUGCCGACAUCCUCAGCUCUGCCCCCGCCAUGCAGAUCCGCUACCUCGAGGCAAUGCAGGCCAUGGCCAAGUCGGCUAACAGCAAGGUUAUCUUCUUGCCCGGCAGCAGCUCCCAGAGCCUGAACGCUGCCAUGGCCGCUCAGCAUAGUUCCGAAGCCACGGGUGCUGGCGGCGCCGGCCACGACGGCCAUGCGCAAUAUGACUUUGGAGGUCAGGACCCUGGCUUGCAGCAGGCCAUCAACGCUCGCGUCGUGGAGACCCUCUGA